UUUAGAAUUCUUCGGUUCGAGAUGAGUUGUGCAAUUGAUUUUGUUUCGAGCCGUUCAAGCGAAGAUCGAUCGAUUACAUUCCUAAAGAAGCUUUUUAUUCAGCUCAGAUUCAUGCAUUCUGAAAUGAGAGGAAUGGAAUUCUAUACUUUAGCCAAUUUUUAAUCAGAUUUGUGGAGCUAUUAUCAAGGAAAAUUGGCAUUGCUUGCCUUAAAUAGUUGGAAGAUAUUGAUGAUUUUGGAGUACCGUGGAGAAUAAUUUCACCGUGCAACCUUAGUUUAGCAGAUUUUUAUGAGGUGGUUGGCAAGGAGUUUAGGUUCUUUAUUGAUCAAACAGUUCAAUCUAGUCCCACUUACCUAUGAAAAGCAUAUCACUUGAUUUUUUCAGAAGGUUGUAUGAUAUGCAAUGGGGUGGAAGGUGGUUUUACUCUCAUUGUUACAUAUUGCCACUGUGGUUGAUGCUAUGAGCCGGUCGGAGAGAUUUUUGUCUUUGGGUAUGUAUGUAGGAACUUCCGCCAUUCGCAAUUGGGUGGUUAGCAGCGCAGCCAUAUUUGUGUUGGUGGCUGUCAUUCUGUCCAUGUACUUGAUCUUUGAUCAUUUGAUUGCCUACAACCAGCCAGAGGAGCAGAAGUUCUUGGUGCCCAUUAUUCUAAUGGUUCCCGUAUAUUCUGUGGAAUCGUUUCUAUCACUGUUAAACUCUGAGGUUGCCUUCAAUUGUCAAAUUCUGCGAGAUUGUUAUGAAGCUUUUGCAUUGUAUUGCUUUGAGAGAUAUCUCAUAGCCUGCUUAGGUGGAGAGGAAAGUACCAUUAAAUUUAUGGAAGACCAAAGCUUGGUUACCUCUUACACACCUCUUGUAGAUGAAGUUUAUGCUUAUGGCAUUGUUCAACAUCCUUUUCCAUUGAGUUGCUUUUUAAGAGACUGGAAGCUUGGUUCUGAAUUCUAUCAAGCUGUAAAAAUUGGUGUUGUGCAAUAUAUGACACUGAAGAUGAUAUGUGCAUUACUUGCAGUGCUGUUUGAAUCUUUGGGCGUUUAUGGGGAAGGAAAGUUUGACUGGGGAUAUGCUUAUCCCUAUUUAGCGGUAGUACUAAAUUUCAGCCAAACCUGGGCCUUAUAUUGCCUUGUGCAGUUUUAUUCUGUUACCAAGAAUAAAUUGGCACCAAUUAAACCCUUGGCCAAGUUUUUGACAUUCAAGUCAAUCGUCUUCAUGACAUGGUGGCAAGGUGUUGCCCUUGCCUUUAUUUUCUCAUUUGGAGCUUUUAAGGGGUCAUUGGUACAGGUUCUAGAAGCCCGUAUACAAGACUACUUCAUAUGUUUAGAGAUGGGUGUGGCUGCUGUGAUACACAUCCAUGUUUUCCCUGCUGAACCCUACAAACACGGAGAGAGAUGCGAGCGAAAUGUUGCUGUCAUGGCUGAUUACGCAGCCUUAGAAACUCCACCAGAUGCCGAAGAGGUUCAAGACUGCGAAAGAUCUCCAACAAUACCCGUUUCCAUGAUUACAGAGGGAGAAGAAACCCACCCGAAAAUCCACCAAAGUGUCUGUGAUGUGCUCCUUGGAAGCGGUGGGAUUAUGGUUGAUGACGUGAAGUUCACUGUGUCCCAUGUUGUCGAACCAGUUGAAAGAGGACUGUGUAAACUGAAUAGGACUUUUCGCCAUAUAUCUGAAAACAUGAAAAAACAUGGGCAAUGCAAGAAUGAUUGCUGCCUAGUCCCAUUGAACUCAUCCCCGAAAGAGAUCGCUAGCACAAGCGACAAUGAUCAUUAACCGGUUAUAUCAAAAUACAGAGAUACGCAGGUCUGUAAUGCAGUGCCCCAAAAUUGUAUGUGUAAAUAGUUUUCUAGUUGCAGAUGAAACCAUUUCUGGAAUCUCAACUAUUCAGGGAAUAUUUCUUUUUUUUAAUAUGUACAGGAGAUCUUCAUUGUAG